UCAGCUUACCCAAAGAUGUCUUACAACCCUUCUCUCAUCAGCCCAAGUCCUAGAGAGGAUCCCAAGGGUGGCAGAUUCUUGGAGGAAAGCAGUGGUGGGGAUGAUGACAGCAAUGUCCUGGGAGGGGACAGCCUGGUCACAGGGUCUCUGGGUGCAGUGCUGCUGGCCAUGUGCCUCACUGGGAUGGCGGGGAACAUCUACACAGUGGCAGUGGCCUCUGGCAGGGUGGCAGGUUGCUCAGCAGGUUCCUUGGGAGUCUACAUGAUCAACCUUGCCCUGGCUGACCUCCUGUACCUCUCCACCGUCCCCUUUGUGGUUUGCACCUACUUUGCCCACGAUUGGUUCUUUGGGGAUGUGGGUUGCAGGCUUUUGCUCAGCCUGGACCUCCUCACCAUGCAUGCCAGCAUCUUCCUCCUGACCGCCAUGAGCCUGGAGAGGUACUGGGUGGUGGCCAGGCCUCUGCGGGCCAGGCGGGCCAGCAACACCUACCGCAAACUGGCCAGCGCCAUCCUCUGGCUCCUCUCGCUCCUGCUCACGGCCCCCAUGAUGGUGAUGACCCAGCUGCAGGAGGGGGACGGCCCCCGCAAGCGCAUCUGCGUCCCCACCUGGACGCCAUCAGCUUUCCGGCUCUACCUGACCGUGCUGUUCACCACCAGCGUCCUGGCGCCUGGUGCCGUGCUGGGCAUCGUCUACACCCGCCUGGCCCGGGCAUACCAGUCCUCGGCCUGGCGCCUGGGGCUGCCGGUGGCCGGCCGGGCCCCUGCCCGGCAGCUCCUUUCCAGGAUCUCUGCCAUCGUGGUGGCCUACUGGGCCUGCUUCCUCCCCUUCUGGGCCUGGCAGCUGGCUGGGCUGUACCAAGGAGAGGGGCUGGGCAUCGGCCCCACUGCCCAGGCCUACCUUAACUUGGGUGUCACCUGCCUGGCCUAUGGCAACAGCUGUGUCAACCCCUUCCUCUACACCCUGCUUGCCAGCAGCUGCCGCCGGCGCUGUGGCCGCACCAGGAUGGGCGCGGCACGGCCUGCAGCACCUUCUCAGCAGGCUGCGGGAAGCCACAGCAUCCCCCUGGCUUUCAUGGAGCUGUCGGGGUCUGUGAGGGAAAGCCAGGGGUGAGCAGGCUGGGAACAUCUGACCUUUGGCUGGGGUCAUGUUGAGAAAUAAAAGUGUGUCACUUUC